AUGUCUACAAGUAGUGAUAUUGUUCCAGUGGGCACAAUAAUCAAAGAAAGAUGGAGAUUUUGCACUAAAAUUGGUGGCGGUGGUUUUGGUGAAAUCUAUGAAGCUGUUGAUAUGAUCAACCAACAAAAAGUUGCUGUAAAAGUUGAAUCAGCACAACAACCGAAACAAGUAUUAAAGAUGGAAGUUGCUGUGCUUAAACGAUUACAAGGACGUGCGCACACAUGUCGUUUUAUUGGUUGUGGUAGAAAUGAUCAGUUUAAUUUUAUAGUAAUGAGUCUCCAAGGUAAAAAUCUAGCAGAUCUAAGACGAUCAACUCGUCGUGGAUGUUUUACUAUAAGUACAACUGUACGACUAGCUCGUCAAAUGCUUGUUGCUAUUGAAAAUGUCCACAAUGUUGGAUUUCUUCAUAGAGAUAUAAAACCAUCAAAUUUUGCAUUAGGAACUGGAAUUGGACCUGGUGCUGUAAAUCCUAGACAAAUUGUGCUUCUUGACUUUGGGUUGGCUCGUCAGUUUACAACUGCAAAUGGAGAUAUUCGAGCUCCUAGACAGGUAGCUGGUUUUCGGGGUACUGUCAGGUACGCUUCUGUUAAUGCUCAUUUAAAUAAGGAACUCGGACGUCAUGAUGAUCUCUGGUCUUUAUAUUAUAUGCUUGGUGAAUUCAUAGUCGGUGAAUUACCUUGGCGGAAAAUCAAAGAUAAGGAGCAGGUCGGCUUGAUGAAACAAACGUUUGAUCACAAUCAGUUAUUAAAGUUUAUGCCACGUGAAUUCAGACCAUUUCUAGAACAUAUUCAAAAUUUGACCUAUUUUGAUCGUCCAGACUACAUGUAUUUGCAUUCCUUGCUUAAUGCUUAUAUGGAACGUCGUAGGAUAAAUGAAUCUGAUCCAUUUGAUUGGGAGAUAACAACUGAGUCUACGUCUGUUAGUGGUGCUAAUGAAACUAAUCAGCACCAUACAACACAAACACCUAUAGUAACCCAACAAGCUGCUCAGGUCACUGUAGCUGGAGCACAGGGAGCACUAGAUGUCUCCAAGCUCCGAAAGGGUAUUCCUUCUGGAGUGGAUCAAAAUCGCCCAAAUAUCGGCGCAGGAGGAACAGCAGGGACAAGUGGAUAUAUAAGUGGAACUAGAUUGGCCGGAAGUAGUUCAAAUUUAGCUUUUGCAGGUCCAGUUGCAACUACUUCAAUGGCUAAUGUAGGGAAAUCUUUUGAUGCUAUCCCAUGUCAUGGUGGAUCAAAUGGUAGUGCUUUAAAUUCAAGAUCGGGUGUAGUUUCACAUCAUCGUAAUACUGUCGACGAAAUUUUGAGCAAUCACAAUUCUCAACAGCAACAAGGUAACAAUACACCGCGUAAAUCAUUUUCAAAUGCAGGUGUACGGUCGCAUCGACCUGCCACUACUCCACGUCUUGUUAAAGAAGCUGGAGCAGCAAGAGCUCGUGAAGCUGCCUCCAAAGAUGUUACCAAAAUAGAUCAUUUUUACUCUCCACAUUCUCAAGCUAAUCGUGUUUCUCCUUCAGCUAAAGUUGGUAAUAACGACUCAGUUUGUCAACCAACGGAUAAUUCUAUACCGAUUAGUUGUGGACACCGUAAUAAUGAUCCAAACAGACUUCAACCUGGUAUAGGAACAACGAAUAGCAAUUCAUCAAAUCGUCGACCUAUAAGUGCAGGUGCAGCUCAUCUUAGAAGUAGUGGAGGAACUAUAGGAAGUACAGCAAGUGUUGUUGGGGCUGGUUCAGGGACGCGAUGCGACACAAGUUGCACACAUGCUGUCAUUGUAAUGGUAGAUCAAGGAGAAAAUAGUAACUAUCAUGAUAUGACAAAAGCUGUUCCACUUACACUUGCUAGUCAUUGGAUUGCUGGUGGAGAAGAUGAAGAAGGUUCAGUCCUCUCUGAAAAUGAAGAUGCUGUCGUAAAAGUCAAAGGUCCCGUUUCUUCUGUUGCAAGUGCUUCUGGUGGGGUUGGGGACGAAUACGAUGCAUCGAAUCAUUUUAACAAACUUAAUGAGACAAAUAAUCAAUUACCUGAAUGUGGGAGCGGAGAAGGUAAUGAAGUGUUUCCCAGAAUGCCGUCAGAAAAUGGAAAUAACGACAAUAAUUACUUUUGUAAUUGUGACCCUAGUAUGUUAAAUUCUCAGAGAGUCUUUCAACCUUCUGGAGAUGUUAACAAGGAUGUUGUAUCUGGUUCUUAUCAAGAGCCAGAAUCAGAUGAAAAUAGUGGAGAGAGAUCUUCAGUGAAUGUACCUUAUAUUACACCUGGCAGACUAUCCAUUUCUUCUCAACACACAUAUGGAGAGGUUGAAAAUGGUUCCUACAGACAUAAUAAUAUUAAUUCUUUUGGAAAUCGAGGUGUUGCACGUAAGCUAUCCCAAGGAUUUCGUCGACAAAGAGCACUACCUCAAUAUCUUACUUCAGAAUCAAAAUUACUUCCAAGUUAUGGUAUACCUACAGCCAAAGAAAGUUGUUUAGUUAAUUCACCAACUCGUUUGAAAUCUUUUAAAAGUGAUAAUGAUAAUAAUUGGAUUACUCGAAGCGGUAGUGAUUUAAUGCCUCAGUUUCCAAUUCCAUUCUCACGUUCCACAAGUCCAUACCAUCCUCAUGGCUUAGAAAUUGUUGAUGAAAAUGCUAGUAUACCAGUUUCUAAGCAUUCACCAUAUAUUACACAGGAAAUGGUUGAUCGCAGAGGUCGAAUCCAAUAUAAAGAUUUACAUGAUCGUGAUUAUCGUGAAUCAGGAAAUCUAAUUAAUGAAUUUCAUUUUGAUCCAAAUGUUAAUUUAAAUAAUAAUCAUAAUGAUAUUCAUAAUAAUAACAAUAUUAACACUAAUAAUAAUCAUAAUUAUUCAAGUACAUGGAAAUUUAAUCAAAACAGUAAUUGUUUUCCUAAUUCACAACAGUUAAAUUCUUCUAAUUCCAUGUAUCAUCAUUUACAACCUGUUGAGAAUCAAUCAAAUCAUAUGAGUCGUUCAAUGAUAUUAUCACAAACUAGUAGCGCUGAUCCAUCAUCCGCAUAUAAUCUCCUUAUGCAUCCAUUAAGAAUAAAUAAUGAAAAUAAUGAAAUUAUUUUGAAACCACCAAAUUCAGCAUAUUUAGCUGAUAGUCCUAUUGUUUAUAAAUCACCAUUUCAAUAUUCUUCAGCAUCUACAUCUGUUACAAAACCAUUAACUACUACCAUAGUAUCACGUGAUUAUUUUCGUUCUCGUCCUGAUAUCUCUUCAGCAUCACGUCAAUAUUAUGUUUCACAGUCAAAUAAUCAUUUUAAUACAACUACACGACGUCCAACAUUAUCGAUCGCACAAAAUAAUUCAUAUCUAAAAGCACCAUUUUCUAAAUCUGAACAUAAUCUUUUACAUGCUGUGGAUAGCUUACCAGAAUUGGAAAACAGACGAUUUCAGCCUACAGUUGAAGAUGAUAGUUACUUGAUUGAAUAUUCUACUAAUCCAAUUGUAUCCAAAUCUUUAAAAAAUACUAAUCCAUCUAUUGAAAUAAUGAAUAAAUUUUCAUAUCCAUCCAAUUUAUCUAAAUCAUCCAUUGAUCAUCUAUUGGAACAUUCAUCUAAACCUAAUUCAUUAUAUAUUAUUCGACCAACACAACAUGCAAUUGAUAUGUGA